AUGGCAACCACCAAAGCCACGGCGUCCUCCCGUGUCCCGCUCCUGCUCUUCGCCGCGAUCCUUGCGGUUGCGGCCUCCGUCCAGGGCCAGGCGACCGCACCGGCACCGGCACCGUCUGCCGGCGGGCAGUGCACGCCGGACUACCUAUCUGCGCUCGGCCUCUGCAUCGACUUCCGGUUGGGCAGAGUCGAUCUCCGCGGGAAGAACCUGGCCAACGAGAGGGAGCGGUGCUGCCGGAAUGUCCGCGGGAAACCCAGCGCCGCGGAGUGCCUGUGCACCGCCUUCAAGCGUGCUCCCGACGUCCCCGACCGUGCUGAUUUUGCCGAGGACGUCAACACCGUGCUCUUGGUCUGCGAUGAGCCUCAGAUCCCCGACCUCGCUUGCCCGGCCUCUACAUCGGGUUGA